AUAUGCGUACCGGUAGUCGAUUGCUUUAGACUAACGUGAAGAUGGCUGAGCCGUUGGAUAAUGUUACAAUUCCUGAGUUCAGCACCCUUCUCCAAAUGGAUCCGUACCUAAAACCAUAUGAAAAGGACUUCCAGAGGAGGUAUGGGUUGUGCCAGAAACGUCUCUUCCUGUUGGAGGAGGCAGAGGGGGGCUUUGACCAGUUCACUCGCAGCUACCAGACCUUUGGGGUGCAGCGACAGGCUAACAACGGGCUCCUCUUUAAAGAGUGGGCCCCAGCGGCUGAGGCCCUUUUCCUAACUGGAGAUUUCAAUGGCUGGGACAAUUUUUCUCAUCCCUACAACAAGAAAGAAUAUGGGAAAUGGGAACUCUACCUCCCACCAAAAGAGGACAAAACACCAGCCAUCCCUCAUCUUUCAAAGCUAAAGGUGGUGGUCCACACCAAAGACGGGCGGCGCCUGUAUCGAAUUUCACCGUGGGCGAAGUAUGUGACGAAGUCAGGGGAUUCUGUUGUGUAUGACUGGGUACACUGGGACCCAUUGAAUCCUUAUCUUCACAUUCAUGCUCGCCCUAAAAAGCCCAGGAGCUUGCGGAUCUAUGAGUCCCACGUUGGGAUCGCCUCACCUGAAGGGAAGAUUGCAUCUUACACCAACUUCACACAAAAUGUGCUCCCACGAAUAAAAGACCUUGGCUAUAACUGUAUACAGCUGAUGGCAAUCAUGGAGCAUGCCUAUUAUGCCAGCUUUGGAUAUCAAGUCACAAGUUUCUUUGCUGCAUCCAGUCGUUACGGGACACCUGAUGAGCUGAAGCAGCUGAUUGACGUGGCUCACUCCCUGGGCAUCAUCGUGCUUCUGGAUGUGGUCCACAGCCACGCAUCCAAGAACACUGAGGACGGCCUCAACAAGUUCGAUGGCAGCGACGCCUGUUUCUUCCACAGUGGGGUCAGAGGAGAGCACAGCCUUUGGGACAGCAGGCUCUUCAACUACUCGAGCUGGGAGGUGCUGCGCUUCCUCCUGUCCAAUCUGCGCUGGUGGAUGGAGGAAUACCGCUUCGACGGCUUCAGGUUCGACGGUGUGACCUCCAUGUUGUACCAUCACCAUGGGAUCGGCGUUUCGUUUUCUGGAGACUAUGCGGAGUACUUUGGCCUGCAUGUUGAUGAAGACUCUCUGAUCUACCUGAUGGUGGCCAACCACAUUCUGCACACACUGUACCCAGACUGUAUCACCAUCGCAGAGGAUGUGUCUGGCAUGCCAGGAAUGUGUCGCGCAGUCUCUGAAGGAGGGUUAGGCUUUGACUACCGCCUGGCCAUGGCCAUUCCAGACAAGUGGAUUCAGAUCCUGAAGGAGUACAAGGAUGAGGACUGGAACAUGGGAAACAUUGUCUACACGCUGACCAACAGGCGGUACGGGGAAAACUGCAUUGCGUAUGCAGAGAGCCACGACCAGGCACUGGUUGGAGACAAGACGCUGGCUUUCUGGCUGAUGGACAAGGAGAUGUACACCAACAUGAGCGCCCUGAUCCCCAUGACCCAGGUCAUCGACCGUGGCAUCCAGCUGCACAAGAUGAUCCGGCUCAUCACUCACGGCCUGGGCGGAGAGGGCUACCUUAACUUCAUGGGUAACGAGUUUGGCCACCCAGAGUGGUUGGACUUCCCAAGGAAGGGGAACGACGAGAGCUACCACUACGCCCGGCGGCAGUAUAACCUGGUGGACAUGGACCACCUGCGGUACCGUCAGCUGUAUGCCUUCGAUCGCGAAAUGAACCGCACCGAGGACAAGUACGGCUGGCUGUCGUCUGGACCGGCCUUCAUCACCGCUAAGCAUGAGGGAGACAAGGUCAUUGUCUUUGAGAGGGCCAACGUUGUGCUUGUCUUCAACUUCCACCCCGCGAAGAGCUACAGCAACUACAGGAUUGCAGUGGAGUCGCCUGGGAAAUACAAAAUCAAGUUGGACUCCGAUGACGUUCAGUUCGGGGGUCACGGCAGGCUGGAUCACAACACAGAAUUCUUCACCGAGCCCGUCCCUUUCAAUGAUCGGCCCCACUCUAUGAUGGUGUACAUUCCCUGCAGAACUGCGCUUGUCCUGGCCAAUGAGGAGAUUAAUUACUGCUAUUAAAUGGAGCAAUGCGAACCAGGGAUGAAUGCCAGUUUAAAAGUUAACCGCCCCACCACCACCUUUCUCCUACCACCUCUGUAAUGUCAGGCCGCACAUUAUCUUGGAUGCUUAUCUAUAGUAAUUACACCACUUCACCUGAAAUGAAAUGGUCCAAUCAGGAAGAGCUAUUCUUCCAAAAUUCUGUAACUGUAAUUUUCAUAUCACUCAACUGCUAUCCCCACGCUUCCUCUUAAAAUUGUUUUGUGUCUGUAAACACAACAGAGAUAUCCACACACCAUCUGCCUUCAGCAUCUAAACAUACAUACAUUAAACUGUAGCGUACAAUAUGACCUUUUCACACUGUGACAUCAUUACAUCAUUAUCAGAUACCCAACCCCCCUGUUACAGGGGCAUUAAUCACUUAGUCCUGUUGUAAAACUAGUAUUUUCUUCAAAAAUGUGUGUUGUUGAAAGAUACCCAUGCCUUCAAUUAGUGUGCCAUUCUGUUUCAUUUUAAAAUGACACAUGCACUUUUUGAUUGAUUUUUAUGUAUGUAUUUAUAUAUUAACACUUUUUGAUGGGAAAGUUGAGCAUAUAAAUUGUGUUUGAGUUAUAUUUAAAAAAAAAUACAAUAGAUAAUGUGGGGUGAUGAUUGCACUAGAACAUGGAGUGCACCUCUGUACAGGGGACUGUGCUAUGAUUGCACUGAUGUUACAUUUUCAUGGCAGAAUUAACAUGACUGGGCAGGCAAGCAAGGAUGACCUUACAGUCCUGAUUACCAUGCAGAUGCACAUUUUCAAUUUUGGUGUGGAUAAUUCCGUAAUGUGGUAUAUUUAACUUUAUUUAUUCAGCAGCAAUAUUAAUUUAUGUUGAUGUUUGGUAUUGUAAAUUGGUCUUCAAAAUGCAUUAACUGCAAUGGAAAUGUGUCUAUGUAUGUAAUAACCAUGUAGUUCUAUAGCUGUUGAUUGAUCAUUAACAUUAAUCCAAGAGGCUAUGGGCCUUGUUCAGUCUGCAUGGAGGACUCCCUCAGUCUGUGUCUUGUCUUGUCUUGUCCAGUCCUUUGACAUCAAAGCUUGACCAAUAAAAAUCAGCCAACUAGACCUGUGGUUGACCAAUCAGAACCCUGUUACCACCACCCCUGACUACUAUCUUCUAAAUAGAUGAGUAAGCAAAUUGUUAUUAAUCAGCCAGCCACCUGUAGGUUGCACAGUGUGCAAAUUCUGAAAAACGGAUGGUAAAUAUCAUGAGACUUAACACCUUUUUAUUUAAUCCAAUUACAGUUUUUCUCUGUGUAAGGUUUGAUUUUCUCUCUGUCGCACACUGAGUCUACCUUACACCUCUCAACAUGUCCUGGAUUCCUGUACUUCAAAGAUUUAAUUUUCUGUGAUUUAGAAAUUAAUUACUGGGCCUUCUCUCCAUGUGUUCUGUCAUUAGACAAAAUGGGCAUAGCUACAGAAAUCUUUCUUAAGGUUUUGCAGGUGAAGAAAUCCCAACCAAGCUGGAAACUUCCCAACACAAGAGAAUGUCUCCAUGUAUUCAAUACAGGGAUAUUGUACCUCAAAAUACUGUAAAAGUGUGGUUGUAAUUGUGGUAAAGCAGCUAUCUCUUAAAUUGUAAACAUACAGUGGCCUAUGUACUGUAUUUAUGUUUGCAUUUUAUGCCUUCGGUUAUUUUCAACGUCCCCAAAUCACAUAUUGUAGCUCUCAGAGUUAUAAGAAAGCAGUGUACAUAGUGUGUAUGCAGGUGGGUCAGAGAAAAGGUUUUUCUGUGUUAGUUUCCCCUUGUCAGGUGAUGUGCUCUGACUGAAAUGGUAUUGUUGUUGAAAAUAAAAGAAUGA